AUGGCGCCUAGACUUCCUCCUCCACCGCAGCCUCACGAGCCUGACGCUCCUAAUAAUGCCAGGAUGUUGGAGACAGUCAUUGAUAGACUGCAACAACAGAAUACAACUUUAAUAGAGCAGAACGCCGCCUUAAUGCGGCAAAAUCAGGAAGCCAUGCAGAGUUUGGAGGCCUCUCGUGUCAACUCGGAAGCGACUCAGAGGCAGUUGAUGGAUAUUCUUGCCGCAACCAGAGGUGUGCCUGGAGCAUCCUCUUCAAACGCUGCCCCACCUGCUGCUGAGUGGAGUUUGGAGAGUUUUCUCCAGCAUCAUCCGGCUAAGUUCAAUGGUAAGGGCCUCCCUGACGAGGCAGAUCAAUGGCUAAGAGACAUGGAGAGGAUUUUUAACGCCAAAAGAUGUCCAGAUGAAAACAGGCUGGCUUACACUAAGUACUUGUUAACUGGAGAAGCGAGCCACUGGUGGGCGAGCGCAAGAGCCAUUCUGACGGACGCUCAAAUUCCGAUCACUUGGGAAGUGUUCAGAAACAAGUUCUAUGAAGAAUAUUUCCCUGACAGCGUCCGCUUUGCCAAGGAGGUUGAAUUUCUGCAGCUCGUCCAAGGCGGAAUGUCUGUUUCUGAAUAUACGAACAAGUUCAAACACUUGGUUCGUUUCAAUACGAUGGCCACUAGUGAGGAGUGGCAGUGCAGAAAAUUCGAGAACGGUCUGCGGAGUGAUCUGAAGGUAUUAAUUUCCAGCCUGUGUAUCCGAACGUUCCCUGCCAUGGUUGAGAGGGCCAAGGUGUUGGAGAAGAACUUGGCAGAGGCGGAACGACACAAGAAACAACAAGCAGUGAGGGGACCGAUCGUCUCAAGAGGCAAUACUAAUCAGAGGGGAUCUCCUUAUGCUCGUCCAAAUCAGUCAGCAAACACAAGUGGGUCUCAAGCCUUGGUUCCUGCCGGACAGUCUGGGCAGCAAGGUAACGCCACCUGUUUUAAAUGUGGUGGACCACACUACCGUUCGUUUUGUCCUCAACUGGUAGGUGGAAAACAUUGUACUCGAUGCGGAAGGAAUGGACAUGUGGACAAUGAGUACAACUUUGGAGGACGAGCGGUAAUGAGACCACCAAACGCUGCAAGGAAUCAGCCAAGAGGUGGACGAGCACAAGCAGUGGGUCGAGUGUAUGCUAUCACUGGAGCGGAGGCAGCAAGCGCAGGUAAUCUUAUAACUGGUGAAUGCUUGCUGUAUGGAAUGCCAUGUCGUGUACUGUAUGAUUCGGGGGCGACUCACUCCUUCAUCUCGAAGGCGUGUGUUGAAAAACUGGGAAUAGCGGAGAGUGAGAUGCAGUUCGACUUGGUGGUAUCAACCCCAGCGGCUGGAGAGCUUAGGACAUCUACCGUAUGCAUUAGAUGUCCUAUUGUGGUUGAGGGGCAUAAUUAUAAGGUGAACUUGAUCUGUUUACCUUUGAAGGACUUGGAAGUAAUUCUAGGAAUGGAUUGGUUGGCUACCAAUCACAUUAUUAUAGAUUGUGGCAAGAAGGAGUUAGUGUUUCCUGAGAAUGAUGAAGAAGAGUUAUCGGAGGAUUGGGAAGAGAACGAACGUCCAGGGAUGGCGGUAUUGAACGAGCGGUCGUAG